GGUCCCAUUAAAAUUAAAAAUUAAUAAUUUAUAUGUAUAUAUAUUUUAUAUAAGUAUCAACCAACCAUUACAUUGUUUAUCUUUAUAUUUCUUAACACUUAAUAUAUUUUGAUGAGAUUUAAUAAUAUUAUAUCUAAAACCGCAUUUAAAUUCUAUGACACAUAUUAUAUACACUAAAUAAUAUAAUAAAACUAAUAUAAGUGUCAAAUUUCAAAAAGAUAAUUAAUGUAUAUAGACUAAAAUCAAGUAUUUUUCUUAUUUUAUUAAAAAAAAUAUUUUAAAUAGAACUAUCUAAAAAUGAAACUUUUUAUAAAUUAAUAACUUUAUAAAUUAAUAAAAUUACCAAAGCUCCAACAUUAUUAAUUUGAAGAGCUUUUACUGUAUAUAUGAUUAAAAGAAAAAUUAAUAUCAAUUUUAUUUAUCUAUAUAUAUAUUAGAAGAAAAAUAAAUUAAAAUAUCCACUUAAACCAUAAAAAUACUAUUAUAGUUUGGGUAACUUGCCAUAUGGGUAGUACCAGUGUAAGAUCUUAUGUAUCUAAAAUUCUUAAGAAAAGAUUUUGUUGUAUAAGUGGUUGGAUACUUUCUAUAAUCAAAUUAUUACAAAUUUAGAAUAUCAAAGAAAAAAACAAAUUUUGACUAUGACUGAUACGUAGUCCUGCCAAAGUCAAACUUUACACAAAUGUUUUCUACCAACCACACAACACAAUUAAUAUAAAAGCCGAAGCAGAAAGACACCAGUUUUUAAGUCUUACAUCACUCAGUCAUGGGAAAUAUCUUCUGCUACCUCACCACAGGAUGGAGAAGCAAUGUUCCUCCAGCGACGGAUACAACUACAGUUCAACCACGAUCACAUUCACAGAGUGUAGUUAAUCAAUCUGUAUCCUCAGCCUCGAAGUCGUUUUCGAACCAUUCUUCGCCCAAACCUAUGGCAGAGCCGUCUCGUAGCAGAGGAAAGUGAGAUUAAGCCAAGUGUGAUGAAGCAGUUGCUAUUGGUAAAUGAGACCAAUUAUAAGUUGUAGGACAUUUAAUAAUAUCCAAACUUUAUGACAUGUAAUGUAAUAUUGUGCAACUUUGUGGUCAUACUUUUACUUUUAUUUUAUACAAUCCUUCUUCAAUAUAUACGUGUUUAAAGUGCAUUGCUUCUUAUUUUUUAGUAAACAUAAAACAGGGAAGAAGAUAAGAGAAAGGCAAAUGUUACAUUCAUCAUCUCAGAUAGCUUAAACACCAAUAUUGAAAACUAACUUUGACAUAUUGUUUUGGGUCGACGAGCUAUAUCCCCACGAUAACUAUCAUAUAGCACCAGAUCUCCACCGAAGUAUGACUUCGUGCUACAUCCCCACGAAUUGAAAGUUGCAAACUUAUUUCUCUCCAGAUUGAUAGUUCAAAACUUAAUUAUCCAUAGACGAUGGUUUAAAUCAGUUUUUUUUAUUUUAAUCGGUUUAAUCUUAACCAAAUAAUCUUAACCAAAUAAUUUUAAAAUAAGUUAAACCAAACAAAAAUUUAAAAUGAUGUCCAUGUACCAUGAAAGAAAGUUUAAUAUACAUUAAUAAAAAUGUAGAAUGUGUUUAGAAAUUUUAAAACAACACUAAAGAUCAUAGAUUUCAGUAUAUAGAACAUUUACCAAAAAAAACUCAAUACUUUCAUAGGGAACACAUAGAUUUUGAGAAAAAAUAAAAAAUAUGACAAUAUUGUUUUAAUGCAUGGUUGCAUCAUGUACUAACAUAUGAUGAAUGUUAAAAAGGUUUGGAACAUUUAUUGUCUCAAUUGCUAUAGAGAAUAUCGAUUUAUAGUGGUUCAUCCACCAAAUUAGGGAGUUUUAUGAAAUUAUACUAAAUUAAUUAUAAAAAAAUAAAAAAUUAUGUAGCAUAAAAAAAGUUUAAUAUACAUCAAUAAUUUCGUAUGACAUCAGGCCCAUUAAAAAGCCUUUUUAUAUAAAAAAAAAAAAGAAAAUAGAAAGCUAUCAAAUUCAAACCAAGGGGAUCGGAUCACUCACUUGUACUAAACUCAAAAUUUGAAUAAAACUCCUUUCUCUCUCUCUCUCUCUCUCUCGCGAACAUACACACACACAUAGAAAUGGAUUCGAAAACCCCAUUGAAAACUAACAUUCUCAAUUCGUCUUCCGUUUCCAAGGUCAGGGUCGUCCUUAGGGUUCGUCCCUUUCUUCCCCGAGAGAUCUCCGACGUCCAGCCGUGUGUUUCCGUAAUCAACGGUCACCAUGACAGAGAUGCAAGCGAAGUGGCGAUUCAUCUCAAAGAUCCACUUAGCUGUCGCAGGGAAUGCUACCAGCUGGAUGCAUUGUUUCACGGGAGAGAUGAUGAUGAAGAGAACGUGAGGCAGAUAUUUGAUAGAGAAGUAAAUCCUUUGAUUCAGGCGAUUUUCAACGGUUUCAACGCUACUGUGCUUGCCUUUGGAGCUACAGGAAGCGGAAAGACCUUUACCAUGCAGGGAACCGAUGAGCUGCCUGGACUGAUGCCAUUGGCCAUGUCCACCAUCCUGUCUACGUGCGAGAAGACGGCAAGUAGAGCAGAGAUUUCCUAUUAUGAAGUUUACUUGGACAGAUGCUGGGAUCUCGUAGAAGUUAAAGCAAACGAGGUUGCUAUUUGGGAAGAUAAGGAUGGACAAGUUCAUCUUAAGGGACUCUCUAGUAUCCCAGUUAACUCCAUGCCUGAGUUUCACGAGGCGUACUCAUGUGGCGUUCAGCGGAGGAAAGUUGCACACACUGGUUUAAACGAUGUCUCUAGUAGAAGCCACGGAGUACUUGUGAUCUCAGUACUCUCGGAAGGUGGUGUCACUGGAAAAAUCAAUCUCAUUGAUCUGGCUGGUAACGAAGACAAUAGAAGGACAGGCAAUGAAGGACUCCGUCUACAAGAGAGCGCCAAGAUUAACCAGUCAUUAUUUGCACUGUCCAAUGUGGUUUAUGCUCUGAAUAAUAACCUACCAAGAGUGCCUUACAGGGAAAGCAAAUUGACUAGAAUAUUGCAGGAUUCACUUGGUGGAACAAGUAGGGCUCUCAUGGUUGCAUGUCUGAAUCCUGGAGAAUACCAAGAAUCUCUUCGCACUGUUAGCCUCGCUGCAAGGUCAAGGCACAUUUCAAACGUUGUGUCUAUGAAUCCCAAGGUUGAGACCCCCAAGGUUAAAGUAGACAUGGAAGCAAAACUGCAAGCUUGGCUGGAAUCAAAAGGCAAGACAAAAAGCUCGCAUAGGAUGAUGGCUAUGCGUUCUCCGCUGAUAGGUACAAAUCAAAGUUCGGUCAAGAAACUCGGAGUUCAUAGAUCAGCAGUUGUAAAAAAUGCUAAACUUACUGGCAAAGAACAGAGGAACGCAUUUGUGAGCGCCAGGAACUUAUUUGGUGGAGAAACUCCUGAUGCUUCACAUUUAUGGGAACCAAUACAGAAUCUGCACUUAGCUUCUCCAACCAAAGAAGAUGAGAGAGAGACAUCUGGCGAAGGGAGUCUGCUGGUAUCAGAGGCAAGCUUGAGAGAUAACCAAUUGGAGGUCGAGAAGAAUUAUACUGAACUCAGUCCUCUUCGGGAAGCUCUAUCUCCGAUGGACUCAAAUGCAAUGACCCCAAAAGCACCUCUUCUUUCUGGAAACGCUGAGAAUUUGCAGAUGAGUGGCACGUGCCAGAAGUUCAAUGCCUGGAGCACUCAUUUAAAGACUUCCCUCAUAAAUGAAUAUAUUCACUUCUUGAAUACAGCCAACAGGUAAUAAUAGUGUCCAUUU